CGAUAAUUUCCGAUACGUAUCCGAGCAAAACCGUCGGGAGCCGUCAGCACGACGUACAGAGCCGAUAAUUGCCGAGCGUAGUAUUUGUUUUGUAAAUAAAGAUGAAAUCAAAGAUCAAAUGGCUCUGUGAUAUUUCGUGUCUCGCCUUUCAUCUCUCUUUUCAACAAUGAAAAAUACAUUUCAAUACAUCUCUUCCACAGUCUUAUGGAAUGGAAUGUUCAUAUUUGGGAUUCUAUGUUAUGGCUCUCAUGUACCUCUACUGACUGCAUGUAAAGAAAAUGGCGAAGUUCCAUUCAACGUUUCAGUAACUGUACUUUGUAUUGAAUCGUUAAAGCUGUUGUUAUCUCUUCUGGCAGCAUUUCGAAAUGGUGAAUUUCACGUCUCGUCAUGGAAGCAAUGUAUCCUGUUUAGCCUUCCCGCCGUAUUGUAUACCAUCAAUCAUAAUCUUGUUGUACAUAUACAAUCCUACAUUGAUCCUGCUAGUUAUCAGGUUCUCAGUAAUCUGAAAAUUGCCACUACAGUAAUUUUGUACAGAGUCUUUUUGAAAAGGCAAAUUCCAUGGAAAAAAUGGGUUUCAUUUGCUCUCAUAACUUUGGCAGCAACCUUCAACAGUUAUGGUGGCCUGCUUUCAAGUAAAAGCUCAUCAUAUUCAAUAAAAAUUUUUGUUACACCAACUGGUAUCAUCCUUGUUUUAACAUACUGCUGUAUUUCAGCUUUUGCUUCUAUAUACACUGAGUACAUUCUUAAAACACAAGUAAAGUUCUCAUUUACUGUCCAAAGUGUCAUGUUCUAUUUUUCUGGCGUAGUUGUAAACAUUAUCACAGUGUUUGCAAAAUUUUACUAUUUUUCAGGAUCAAAAGAUUCAACAAAUGGUGAUCUUUUCAAAGGGUUUUCAUUUUGGACUUUUUUAAUUAUCAUAUCUCAGGCAUUUAGUGGGAUCAUCAAUGGAUACAUAAUGAAACAAGCAAGUAAUCUAACAAGAUUAUUAAUGGUUGCAGCAUCUAUGCUAAUGAGCACAACAUUGUUGGUCUUCUUUUUCCGACUUGAAUUCAAUGAAUAUUUCAUAACCGCUUUUCUGUUAGUUAUUGUUGCCAUGGUGAUAUAUCAUCGGUGAUUGUUGUUAUGGUACUACGUCAUUAGUGAUUGUUCUCGUAGUGGCUUACUAUUGGUGAUUGUUGCCAUGGUGAUAUACUAUUGGUGAUUGUUACCAUAGUGAUGCAAGAUUGGUGAUUGUUCCCAUGAAAAUUGUUAAAAUUAACCUUAUACGAUUUUACAUAUCUUUUGUAUUAAAUUUACAAAUGACUAACCCAAACAAAAUAUUCUCUACAACUUAGAGAAUAUUUUAGAACCAAUUUUAUAAGAAAAUCAACGCUGUCUGUAAAAUUAUUCGAAGUUGAUGCAAAAGUAAGAAUCAAGACUUCAUAGAGUAAAAUCUA